GUUCAAUAUAGAUGAUUUCAAGAUAAUUGAGAACAUUUUCAAAUAGGAACUGAGCCAUGGUCAUCGAACCAAAGAAAAAAAAUGACCUGUACCGUCAGUAGAAUACGUUACGUUUUGGUUGUUUACAAUUCCAGGAAUUUGAGCCAAAUUCGAACGUUUUCAUCAGUAAAACUUCAACAACAAAAAGAAUGGAUCACGAAAAUUUUAUUGAAAACAUUAAUUGUUUUGUUUGUAAAAAACAAUUAAAAGAACAAUCGGAUGAAUUAUUUGAAGAUUUUUUUCGUUCAUAUGAACAACAUUUGUUAAAUAAUCAUCAAAUUAUCGUACCGAAAUUUCCAAGUGUUGAUGAAUUUAUUGAUUUUCUUCAACAAUGUAUUUCAUUGGAUCAAUUACAAUCGGAAAAUCGUUGUCAACAAUUUACAUUUAAAAAAUUUGAUAAAAUUUUCAAUUAUUUCCUUAUUGAUAAACAACAAAUGUCCGAAGUUGUGAUAAAAAAAAUUGUUGAAAAACAUUUUCUGGAAAAAAUCUUGAAUGAAUCACAAAAACAACGUUCGGAUCCAAAUUUUUCGAGAAUGUGUCUUUUUUGUAGAAAAAUUUUUUCGGAAAAUCGUUCACAAUUAUUUGAUCAUCUUUAUAAUGAUCAUAAUUUUUUUAUUGGUCAUCCAGAUAAUAUUAUUGAUGCAAAUGAAUUUUUAGAUAUUUUAGAAGAAAAAUUAAAAAAAUUAUUAUGUCUUUAUUGUGAACGUGAAUUUAAAAAUUGGAAUGUUUUAAAAGAACAUAUGCGUAAAAAAGGACAUAAAACAUUAAAUCAUAAUAAUCGUGAAUAUGAUCGUUUCUAUCUGAUUAAUUAUCUUUGUAAUGAUAAACAUUGGAAACAAAUUAAAAAGGAAAAUGAUUUCUACAUUGACAACACUAAUGAUGAUUGGGAUGAUUGGAUCGUUGAUGAUGAUAAUGAUAAUCAAUUGGAUUGUCUUUGUUUUUUCUGUCCUUUUAAGAACAAAUUCGAUAAUAUUCGUCAACAUUUACGAAUGGAACAUGAUUUUGAUUUUGAUAAAAUUCUUGCUAUUGAUGAUUUUUAUGAUCGUAUUAUGAUUAUAAAUUUUAUUCGAAAAAAUAUCCUUACAAAUCAAUGUUAUAUCUGUCAAGAUACAUUUGAAAAUCGUGAUAAUCUUUUUGAACAUUUACAAAAUACACGUCAUAUGACCAGAUUACCAUCUAAAAAUGUUUAUCAUUCACCUGAAUAUUAUUUUCCAGCAUUAGAUGAUGAUUGUUUUUUAAUGUUUUUGGAUGAUUGUAAUGAUUGAAUUAACCAUGGUUAUUAUUGUUGUUGAUUAAAAACAUCA